AUGGCGUUGUUUGAGGAUAUAUAUGCUCGUAAGUGUCGUUCACCAGUUGGAUGGUUUGAACAUGGUGAAACACAGCUAUUAUGUCCAGAUAAGGUUCAGAAUGUGUUGGAGAAAGUUGCAUUGAUACGAAAAUGCCUUCGGACAGAAGUAGACAAAAAUCCUUUGCAGAUACGAGCACUUGCUUUGCCUCCAAGGUUAUUUGUGGUACAUCAUGUGUUUCAUGUGUCUAUACUUAGACGAUAUGUUCGUGAUCAUAGCCAUAAGAUUCAACCUAAGGAUGUGAAGCUGGAUGAGAACUUAACUUAUGAAGAAGGUCUGAUAGUUAUUCUUGAUAGGCAAGUGCGACAAUUGAGGUCAAAAAAGAUACCAUCGCAGGGGAUAGAGCUAGUGGCUGACGAGUUCAUUCGAGUGGAUCUUAUUGUUGAGGUAAGGUCUUAUCAAAAUCGAGCUCAGACUAGUAGACAGGUCACUUUUCAGCCUGAAGUUUUGAACGCAGGCCAACCCCAAGCUACCAUGCCAGAUCGAGUGCAAGAACUAGUGGUUCAUGAUGCUCCACCACUCGUGCUAGCUGUUGUGCCUACUGUUACCCUACCUGCAGACGUAGUAUUGAAAUUGUUGAAUGUGUUAGAGGCAUUAGUGCCUACUGAGGAUGGACUUCCAGCUCCCCAAUCCACUUCACACGUGCAAGCACAAGUUCUGCUGAAUGUUGCAGCUCCUCAGAUGGCCCCUCAGCAGAUCGUUCAGCCAGUUGCAAAUACUGGGCAGUCUAAGGAUCUUAAAAAUUUCAUGGAUCUUAAGCCACCAGAGUUAGAUGUUACACAAGCUUCUAUUGGGGCCCAGAAGUUCAUUCAGCAUUGUGAAAAUAUACUAACUACAUUAGCGCUGAAGGAAACUCGAUGGGGGGAGUUUACUACUUUUCUAUUUUUAGGAUUUGCAGAGUCAUGGUGGAAUUCAGAUCAGAGAGGUAGACAAGCAGGUUUGCCACCUAUUACUUGGUCAGAGUUUUCAAUAAUGUUUAUGGAUAGGUUCCUUCCACUGAGCAAGCGAGAAAACAUGAGACGUCAUUUUGAGAAACUGCGCUAG